AUGGUUCCUUAUACAUAUCGUGUUGUUGUUAAAGAUGAUUUAAUUCCAACUAUUCCAAGUUGUGAUACAUCUUUUUGGGAAAAUUCAUGUCGUGAUUGUGACAAAUCAUGGUUUGAUUUAUAUUAUCAUGUAGGUACUGAAAUAUAUUAUGCCAAUGAUACAUCAGGUGAUUAUAAAAUAUGCCAACAAUAUACUGAAGAUAUAAAAUGUAGUUCUAAAGUUUUUUCAUGGUUAAAUAUUCCUAAAUAUCUUAUAAAUAAUGAAUAUUAUUUAAAUAAACAUGUAACAUACUUUGAAACAAUUUAUAAUCAAACUUAUAAUGAAACAAUGUGUGAUUUUUAUAUAAAUUAA